GCGCCCGUUGCGUUCACGUUUCCUUAGCGACAUUCUUGUUGUUUAUUUUAAUUGCAUACAUUAAUUGCACAACGAUAUCAGGUUUUCUCAACACGAAAGAACCCUUAUCAAAAAUGGCUAGCGCCGCUGCUAUGAAAGUGCAAGAAGUGCGCGAGGUAACGCGUAUUGAACGAAUUGGGGCUCAUUCUCAUAUUCGUGGCCUAGGUUUAAAUGAUUGUCUUGAAGCUAGGACUGUUUCUCAGGGCAUGGUCGGGCAGAAGACUGCUCGACGUGCUGCUGGCUUAAUUGUACAGAUGAUUAAAGAAGGUAAAAUAGCUGGUAGAGCAGUUUUGCUUGCAGGUCAACCUGGCACAGGUAAAACUGCCAUUGCCAUGGCGAUGGCACAAUCUUUGGGACAUGAUACUCCAUUCACUUGCAUGGCUGGAAGCGAAAUUUACUCAUUGGAAAUGAGCAAAACUGAAGCGAUAACUCAAGCUAUUCGCAAAAGUAUUGGUGUCAGAAUAAAAGAGGAGACUGAAAUCAUUGAAGGUGAAGUGGUUGAAAUACAAAUUGAUAAACCAGCUACAGGUUCCGGAAGUAAGAUGGGAAAAUUGAUUCUGAAAACAACAGAAAUGGAAACAAACUAUGAUUUGGGCAAUAAAAUGAUUGAAAGUUUGUUAAAAGAGAAAGUAGUGAGUGGGGAUGUAAUCACAAUUGAUAAAGCCACUGGUAAGAUCAGCAAAUUGGGCAGAUCUUUUGCCAGGGCUCGUGAUUAUGAUGCCACUGGAGCUCAAACUCGCUUCAUCCAAUGUCCUGAGGGUGAAUUACAAAAACGCAAAGAAGUUGUUCAUACUGUGACUUUGCAUGAGGUCGAUGUUAUAAAUAGUAGAACUCAUGGAUUUCUGGCUUUGUUCUCUGGAGAUACUGGUGAGAUCAAAACUGAGGUUCGUGAGCAAAUAAAUGGUAAGGUAGCCGAAUGGAGAGAGGAAGGAAAAGCUGAGAUUGUUCCAGGGGUUCUGUUCAUUGAUGAGGCUCAUAUGUUAGACAUAGAAUGUUUUUCAUUCUUGAACAGAGCUUUAGAGAACGAGAUGACACCUGUUGUAAUAAUGGCAACAAAUAGAGGCAUAACCAGAAUUCGAGGAACAAAUUAUAGGAGCCCCCAUGGAAUUCCUAUUGACUUAUUAGAUAGAAUGAUAAUUGUGCCAACUAAACCCUAUGUUGAAGAUGAAUUGAUGGAGAUUAUAAAAAUCAGAUGUGAAGAAGAAGAUUGCCAAAUGUCUGCUGAUGCUAUGACCGUUUUGACCAGAAUAGCAAUGGAAACGUCUUUGCGUUACGCAAUUCAACUAAUUACAACAGCUGGGCUAGUUUGUCGCAAACGUAAAUCUGUUGAGGUUUCUAUGGAUGAUAUUAAAAGAGUGUAUUCCCUGUUUUUGGAUGAACAUCGAUCAUCACAGUUUUUGAAAGAAUAUCAAGCUGAGUAUAUGUUUAGUGAGAACGCAGAUGAUCCUCUUAUGGAAACUGAUGACUAAUUUUUCCUCCACGAGUUUCUAAUUCUUUUUAUCUAUAAUUGAUGUAUAAGUUUAUUAUCUUUGUUUACUAUGAAAUAGAAUGAAUGAUGUAAUGGAUAUUAAUGUCUCUCAUGAAAGAAUAAAAAUAUAAGUAUUUUAAGU